UGUUCCCUGACCUUGUCUGUUUCAGAUCUAACUCUCCUGUUCCCUGACCUUGUCUGUUUCAGGUCUGUGUACGAUGACCAGCCUAAUGCCCACAAGAGGUUUAUGGAGAAGCUUGAGGUCAGGAUCCGUAACCAUGACAGAGAGAUAGAGAAGAUGUGUAACUUCCACCACCAGGGGUUUGUGGAUGCCAUCACCGAGCUGCUCAAAGUCCGUGCCGACGCAGAGAAACUGAUGGGCCAGGUUACCGACACGAACAGAAGACUGCAAGACGCCGGCAGAGAGGUGACAGCCCAAACGGAGGAGGUGAUUCGCUGUCGGAUACAGCAGAGGAACAUGACUACCACUGUGGAGAGACUACAGCUGUGUAUACCUGUCCUAGAAAUGUACAAUAAAUUGAAGGAGCAGCUGGAAUCCAAAAGGUACUAUGCUGCGUUGAAGACCAUGGAGCAGCUGGAGAAGGUGUACAUCCCCCGGGUCAGCCGCUACCGCUUCUGUCAGAUCAUGGCUGAGAACCUGCCCGAGCUCAGAGAGGACAUUAAGGACAUCUCCAUGUCCAACCUCAAGGACUUCCUGGAGAGCAUCAGGAAACACUCGGACAAGAUCGGAGAGACCGCCAUGAAACAGGCUCAGCAGCACAGGACGUUUAACAGUGUGGUUCAGAAGCAUGACAGUGGUAUGGGCUACACCAGGCCAGUCUACUCCCUGAACGGCCGGACAGGAGGAGGGGUGGAGGAGGACCAAUCAGAGGAGGAGGUAUUAACAGCCCAGGACCUGGUGGACUUCUCUCCUGUUUACAGAUGUCUCCACAUCUACACCGUUCUGGGUGACAGAGAGACGUUUGAGAACUACUACAGGAAACAGAGGAAGAAACAGGCUAGGCUGGUGCUGCAGCCCCAGUCUAACAUGCAGGAGACCGUGGAGGGUUACCGGCGCUACUUCAAUCAGAUCGUAGGCUUCUUCCUGGUGGAGGACCACGUUCUGCACUCCACACAGGGACUGUUGACCAGAGCCUUUACUGAUGAACUGUGGAACAUGGCCCUGUCUAAGAUCACUGCCGUGCUCCGCACACACUCUUCGUACUGCAGCGAUCCUGACCUGGUGCUGCAGCUGAAGAACCUCAUUGUCAUAUUUGCAGACACAUUACAGGGUUAUGGCUACCCAGUGAACAGACUGUUUGACCUGCUGUUUGAGAUCAGAGACCAGUACAAUGAAACGCUGCUGAAGAAAUGGGCUCUGGUGUUCAGGGAGAUCUUUGAACUGGACAACUACAGCCCUAUCCCCGUAGACACUGAAGAAGAGUACAAGUCUGUCGUUAGUAGAUUCCCCUUCCACGACGCAGAAAUUGAAAAGCAAGACUUUCCAAAGAAGCUACCGAUGUCUCAGUCUGUGCCUCAGAUCUACGUUCAGGUCAAAGAGUUCAUCUACGCCAGUCUGAAGUUCUCCGAGUCACUGCAUCGCAGGUGA